UCACCAACCCCAGGAGCUCCACUUCUUGAGACUUCACAGUCUCCUGCCUACCGAUCCCCACCCCAGGCUUCCACUGCAGCCAUGUCGCUCCUCCUGCUAGUGGUCUCGGCCCUGCACAUCCUCAUUCUCAUCCUGCUUUUCGUGGCCACUUUGGACAAGUCCUGGUGGAUCCUUCCAAGACAGGAGUCCCUGAACCUCUGGUACGACUGUACAUGGAACGAAGCCAACAAAACGUGGGCCUGCAGUAAUGUCAGCGACAAUGGCUGGCUGAAGGCGGUGCAAGUACUGAUGGUGCUUUCGCUCACCCUCUGCUGCUUGUCCUUCAUCCUCUUCAUGUUCCAGCUCUACACCAUGCGGCAAGGUGGCCUCUUCUAUGCCACUGGCCUCUGCCAGCUCUGCACCAGCGUGGCGGUGUUCACCGGGGUGCUCAUCUACGCCAUCCACGCGAACGAGAUCCUGGAGAAGCACCCAUCCGGCGGCAAGUUCGGCUACUGCUUCGCCCUGGCCUGGGUGGCCUUUCCCCUCGCCCUCAUCAGCGGCGUCAUCUACAUCCACCUGCGGAAGCGGGAGUGAGC